CACAGAAAUUGAACCACUGAUGAAACAUUUAUAUUUAGCUAUGAAUGAAGUACAUGCUGACAUGAUAAGUUGUGGGUACCCUAGUAGUGAAAAAGGAUUUAAACUGUAUCUAACCAUCAUACGUCUUGUAGGUUGUUAAAAACGGGCUUUGAAAGGAAGUAUCAACUAUCGGGCUAUACCCCAGUGCUUCAGCGCAAACAUGGCUGAUUUAGCUCAACUCUUCUGUGACAAUGACAGUUUUGUGAAGGAGUACCAUAAUUCGACCUUUACAAUCGAACUAUUGCCUGCGUUGGAUAACGACCAUCUCGAGCUAAAUGGGUCAAUGCUGUCGUUGAUCGACAUGGUCCAUAGAACACCCAGUGACGAUAUUUCAUCCAACACAACAGAAAGCAGCAGUCCUCCCACGGACUUCAUGCUAUCGCCGUGGAAUUCCAGUUCUGAUGCCGAAAGAAGUUGUGAUAUCAUUGACUUAAAAGACGUGUGUAGAACGGAACAUAUGUACCAAAAGCAAACCGAAGAACACUCACCAGCCGAUGAUAACAUACACGAUGAUAAUGUACGGCCAAAUCGAGAAACCGCUAAACUUAAGUUUCCACCUUGUUAUGUGUGCGGUGCUAAGGCAUGUGGUUGUCAUUACGGCGUCAUUUCAUGUGCGGCAUGCAAAGGGUUUUUCAGAAGGUACUUGUUAAGGAAGAACAGCUACACUUGUAAAAAGGGGGGUAAUUGUGUGAUAAGUUUUAAGUCAAAGGUGCACUGUAAAAGUUGCCGAAUAAAAAAAUGCAAAGAGGUGGGGAUGUCAAAGGAAAAGUCGAGUAUAGGUAGAUACAAACUAUCCAAGCGGACAGAAACCAUAAUUGAGGCAAAGACUUUGACAGAUGCAGACAAACAAGUGGCGGAAGAUGGUGAUAAAGAAGAGCAAGAUAAAACCCAAGAAAUUGACAUGGAUUUAGACGCAGUGCUAGAUAUUGUCUGCUCAAAAUUGUCUCAUUGUAGCAUAGGGUCUGAAAAGCCGAAAGAGUUUACUAAUGACGUAGUUACGAAAAUGGCAGAACUAUUAGGUAACAUGCGAUUCUAUAGUGCGGGCAAUAUAAAGGAUGAAGAUAUGCCAAAAGCUCUUGAAUAUGCGGCAGAAAAUCAUAAACGGAGAAAAGAACUGUUCGGAAGUUUGAAGGCAAUUAGUUGGACUGAGUUUACUGAAAUAUACCGGCAGCACGGACUUGAUAUAGAUGGACGGGUAGCUGACAUGGAGUUACAGACUCAGGUACUGGACGGUUGGCUUGAUAACGCGUGCGGCUUUUUAAAAGAAAUACCAUUGUUUUUGUCUCUGCCAGUGCGUGACCAGGUCAAUCUUAUUAAAGCAAGUAUUGAUGAAAUAGAUAUCUUGUUAAGCUUUCGAGAAUUUAGUGCUGAACACAAAAUCUUCAUAAAAUCGGGAGGGGUCUAUCAUGAAGAAGACGUAGUAGACAAAUACAUUUCAAAGCGGAACUUUGAUCAACUGUUACAUUGCCUUGUCAAGCUACAGAAACUCAAUCCAAACCCAACAGAACUUGCGUUGAUGUGUGCGUUAGCUGUGUUCUCAACCGGUCGAUGCAAACUUUUGAACCCAAAAUUAGUCGAGAAGUGCCAAGUCAUGACGGCCGAUCGUCUGCAGCUGGAAGUGAAAAGACAACACCCGGACUCGUCUGGAAAGUUUUCUAAAAUCAUGGACUGCCUUGUCGACACAAGGGGUAUUUCUGACAUGUUUAAUGACGACUAUCAAGAAUAUUUCACCAACGAGAUUGUGCGAGAGAAGAUGCCAGUUUGGGGGGAACUUAAACCAGAGACAGACUAGGUGUGAGGUUUUGUGCAAGUUGAUGCCCAAAGAGUAUUUCAUAUACCCUUCAAGUCUGGCCUCUAUUUUUGAACAGUGCAUACGAAUGAUUGGGAAUACUGUACCAAGAACUGAAAAGGCGAAAUAUAAUAAAGCCGGUUACAAUUAUGGUUUUCAAGUCUGGAUUCAACAAACUUCUUCUGAGUACGUGCGCCUUAGUAAUUAAGGAAUUUGGCUAAGCUUUAUGGAACAAAUAGCUUAGACGGGGGAGUUAUUUGAAAGAGCAAAUUCAAAAUUUAGUUCUACUACCGACACUCACUUAGUAUUCAUCCUAAUUUCUAGAUAUGACGACGGUGUGUAGUACCAUUGUACAUGUAUUUGCAUGAACUGACGGAGAACCCUCUAUGACAUUAUAUGGAAAAAACAUCCCGCCCGAUGUCGAUGGUGUAUGCAUUCUACAAUCAUGCGUGUAGUAUACCUUCACAAACUACUUAAGUUACUUCAUUUUUGCGAAACCUGAAGUCAAAAACAUCUUCAUGUGUUUACAAAUAUUGAGUUUGUUUUCUGCUUUUAAAACUUUGUCAUUAUGUUUUUUAUUUGUUUUUGAUGACACUAAAUAAAUGAGUCCAAAGUU